GUGAUAACCAAAAAAAAAAAUAAUAUCAAAUAUCGAAAAGGAUUAUUAAUUGCUGAAAAAAUAAAAUAAUGAAAAAUAAUUUUAAACUUCAAAAUGAAAAGGGGAAUGGUCGAAUGAAUAAAAUAAUAACCAUAAUAAUCAUCAUCAUUAUCAUGAUAAUAAUAAAUGCUCAGCCAAAACGAGAGACGGACAGCAACCAGUGCAGAGGGAAAAAGAGGUCAGAGAAAUAAAUAAUAAGAGACCGAGAGAGAAAGAGAGAAGAGAGUGAGUGAGUGAGUGAGUGUACCUUACAGUCUACACAUUCCCCGGCCCGUUUCAGACUAGUGUGGGUUCUUCUUUCCCCCUCUUUUCUUUUCUUUUCUUUUCUCUCUUUUUUCCCUGUUUC